UCAAAACGAGAGCACACUACGGUCCCCUGGCUGCACGGGUGGUGAAAAAAAUACGAGCCAAAUCCCAAAAGCGCUUGUGGGGAACGGAAACGAGGGAGGUAGGAUGAAUUGGCAGCAGCACCGGAAGAAUUACCCGAGCGCGAUGCGGUCGUCCAAUGGGCAGACCACGCUCAAAUCCUUUCUCUUCAAGCCCAGGGUUGUCGAUGGAGUACCGUCACCACCGCCGGCGGCGGUGAUGGAGGCGCCGAUCUGUUCGCCGGAGCCGCCGAAACGGGAGAUUGUCAGAGUCACCAAGACGACCAUUAAGGAGAAGGCGAGCGCGUUCUCCUCGGUGGGCUCCACGGGGAAGGACGGGGGCGGCGGCGCUUUGAGCGCCGCGGUCUUCAAGCGGUUCCACAGUUCAGCCCCACGGGCGAGAGCGGAAGGCGACCGCGUGCAGGCAGGGGAAGACGGCGACCUCGAACUCGGCGGUGCAGGCGACGCCCGGCUGGACGUCGAAGAGACCGGGGCGGAGAGCCGCCGCGGGCCCAGGAGUAAGCGGAAGAGCCCCAUUGGCGGCCACGAGUACAUGAGCGAGGCCAAGGCCAGACGCGUGGUGGUUCUCGGCGACGAUCCGAGGCCGCGGUCGGCGACUACGCGAGGGCGUGCGAGGCGCUCCCGCGGCGGUGAGGGUGAGGGCGGCCGCGCUCUGUACAACCACUUGGUUUGUUUCGGUGGCAGACGCGAGCGGAGGCGGGUGGUGGCACGGCGACAAGGAGGGCGUGGACGGGGAAGAGAUCGGCUGGACGGACGACAUGUGGGAGGGUAUGGGAUCCGUCACGCUCGGCGGCCUGGAGUGGCACUAGCCGUGCCGUAGUCGCGGCCGUCUGCAGAGCAGAACCGCCCCGUCACGGCCACGGCAACCGGCAGAGUAUUACUACUAGUUACUAGGAAUAAAUGAACUAUAUUAGUCGGCAAGUGAUGCUCUGUUUGUGUUUGAUAUUAGGAAUUCAAAGAACAGUUUAGUUUCCAGUGGAAUCAUGAAAUAUUGUGGCUCACCAAACUGGACCAAAAAUAUUUCAGACCUGUUCGAAUUUCAUGUGGUUCUUGCAUGUUUA